AUGCCUAGUCCUAUUGUAGGGACAUGGCACGCCAAUGGUUUCUAUGGCAACUUCAGAAGCAGAUGCAGGAGUGACUUCACCCAGGAGUAUCGUAAAGCAGCCCAGCCACAACCUCCUGAUCUCUUCCUGAGGAGAAUGAAGGAAACCCCUUCAAAGCACAUAUUCUCCAAGCACGACAACAGGCAUGCCUUCCCAGGAUCAGCAACAUAUUUUGAGAAUGGCUUAGGAAGAAGGCGAAUAGAGGGGAGCCUUCCCAACACCCAUAACAUAAUCGACUGGAUUCCCCUGAAGGAAGAAUUACAACGUGAGAGGCCCCUCAUUUCAAGCUACCAGUCUGACUUCCGCUCCAGAGACAAGGUCCCUCAAGUCUUAGUCUGUCACACCAACUUGCAAGGGCAGUCCCUCCAACGCACACCUAGCACCACUUACCAGCGUACAUACCGGAGCUACUGUUUGCGCGAACCCAGUCUCAGUAUAGUCAAACAGCAAGAAGCCAAAGAACCCAAACUUGAGGAGCCUGAGGCCCCCGCUCCCACCUCCACUGAGGCCCCCGCUCCCACCUUCACUGAGGCCCCCGCUCCCACCUCCACUGAGGCCUCUGCUCCCACCUCCACUGAGGCCACUGUAACAGAUGUUAGCACAGCUGCCAAAGCCCUUAUUCCAGGACCUUCUUAUGGGCCUCCUAUGCCUCACAAGCCACCCCGACUGACUGUCUCAGACUGUUUGCGCUGGCACAAUUAUUGA